AGUGUGUCAGUAGUGACUCUGGUUCUAUAUUUAACCUACAGGCCUGCUCUCUCUCUCUCUCUCUCUCUCUCUCUCUCUCUCUCUCUCACACAUACUCGACAUAAACGAGGCCGCUGAGAGACGACGAGCAGGAUGGAGGAGGAGGCUCCAUCCCGACGCUCUGUGGCUGAACUCGCAGGGAGAUUCAAAGCCUCGGCUCCUCCACACGAUGCUGCUGGGAAUGAAGCGGAUAAACCGGUCAGACGACGACCUCCUCGCUCCUUACAGCUCCCCAAGACACAUGGAGACGACCAGGAGCAGCCUCCAGGUGUCACCUCACCUCUUCCUGCCAAAACCAAGAGGAACUCUGCUCUGAUCGAGAAGCUUCAGGCCUCCCUCGCUCUCUCCCCCUCCACCCAGCUGCCCUCUCCAAAGAGCCCCGGCUUCAGGCUGCUGCCCCCCGCCUUCACCCCACCGUCCCCCGGCUCUGCUCCAGUAACCACGGUAACCACCUUGUCCACGGCGACGCCCACCAGCCCGGUCGCCGCCACUCCAGGGACUGAGGAGGAGGGGCCCAUCUCCUUCGAGGCCCCUCCCACGGUGGCGGAGGGGUCCGUCCUGUCGAGCAUCAACAAGGGCCGAGUUCGACACUCCAUCAGGAGACGCCCUCCAUCUCGCCGCCACAGGAAGUCCAGCAGUGGAGACGACGCCGGUGUCACCAAUGAUGUAACAGACAAAACAACAGCAGGAGGAGAAGAAGGAGGAGGAGGAGGAGGAGGAGGAGGAGAAGUUUUCAAGAAGGAAGAAACAACAGAUGCUUCAACGUGUCCUGAGGAAAAUCAGUCCCAGAAAGAAGAUCAGACAAAGGAAGAGCCCAGAGAGGAAGAGGAGGAGAAGAAGGAGGAGGAGGAGGAGAAGAAGGAGGAGGAGGAGGAGAAGGAGGAGGAGGAGGAGAAGGAGGAGGAGGAGAAGAAGAAGGAGGAUGAGAAGGAGGAGGAGGAGAAGAAGAAGGAGGAGAAGGAGGUAGAGAAGAAGAAGGAGGAGGAGAAGGAGGAGGAGGAGAAAGACAGAUCUUCAUCAGGAAAUAAAGAGGAGCAGGAGAGAAACUCUGCAGAAGAACAGACAGAAGAUGUGACUGAAGCAGCGACGAACACAGAGAGUAAAGAAGGAAAGAGCGAGGAGACGAGUCAGAGUUCAGACCGAUGAAGGUUCAGGUGUUUGGGUUGGUGCAGCCGUGAUGAGUCCCCGCAGCGCUGAGGGAGGGAGGAGGAGGUGGCAGCAAGGCCUGAUGGGAAAAGGCCUGAGACUGAACACAGAGCCGCUGUCUGUCUGUCAUCACGACGUCUGAGGAGGACACUCAGGAGUUUGGGUCCUGUAAAUAAUCAGUGAUAUAAAUUAGGAGUUUAUCGGCUGAUGUGAAUCUGUUUUUACUAAACUUUUACACUGCAACGCUGGAUCUGAUCCUUUUUAUAAGAAUACAAUGUUUUCAUUAUGUUUUCUGCUGUUUGGUGCCUUCAGAGCUGUGACUGAUGAUGAUGAUGAUGAUGAUGAUGAGUGAUUCUCUGUUUGUUUCGAAUGGUGCAACAAAAUGAUAAACUGUUAAUGUUUUAAAACUGGUGACGUCACAUUGUGAAAUUAAAAUGCACAGUUUUGUUAAAUCUG